CCGGGCUGCCUCCCGGACGGGCACAUGCUGGCCCUCUUCGGCAUCGGAGCGGUGCUCAUGCGCGGAGCCGGCUGCACCAUCAAUGACAUGUGGGACCGUGACUAUGACAAAAAGGUUGCAAGGACAGCAAGUAGGCCCCUUGCAGCUGGAGACAUCUCCACUUUUCAGUCCUUUGUUUUCCUUGGAGGACAGCUUAGCUUGGCGCUUUGUGUGCUUCUGUGUCUGAAUUAUUAUAGUAUCAUUCUGGGAGCAGCCUCUUUGUCUCUUGUAAUUACCUACCCUCUGAUGAAGAGAAUAACAUAUUGGCCACAGUUAGUUUUGGGACUUACAUUUAAUUGGGGAGCCCUUCUUGGCUGGUCUGCCAUCAAAGGGUCAUGUGAGUGGUCUGUGUGUUUGCCCUUGUACUUAGCUGGAGUAAUGUGGACGCUGGUAUACGAUACCAUUUAUGCACAUCAGGAUAAGAGGGAUGACAUCAUUAUCGGUGUGAAGUCAACAGCAUUACAGUUCAAGGAGGAUACGAAGCAGUGGCUCAGUGGCUUCAGCCUUGCAAUGCUCCUGAGUUUGUGCCUGGCAGGAAUUAAUUGUAACCAGACGUUUCCGUAUUACUCAGCUGUGGCUGCCAUAGGGGCUCACCUAGCACACCAGAUUUACACUUUGGAUAUAGACAAACCUGAAGACUGUUGGAAGAAAUUUGCUUCAAAUCGUACUGUAGGAGUUCUGCUCUUCACGGGGAUUGUGCUUGGAAAUCUGUGGAAACGAAAAGACUCAAAAAAUGUAGAAGAGCCUUUAGAAAACAGGUAGUUGAAAGUACUGUAAAUACUGAUCUUUCAGUCCAGCUAAAAUGUAAGUACUGUCAGAAGGACAGUU